AUGCUCGCCCUUACCAUUUUACUGAGUGCCGCCGCAGGGGUCAACGCGAUUCUCGGCGGCGAAGUUCAAGCCGUCCAGAUCUCCAAUACAACACAUAUUUGUGCCGAUAACUGUGUCUAUGACGGUAUCUACCUUGCUCAGAAGGGAUACUUUUGCCCGGUGAAAGAAGUUGUUCGCCAGGAGGAAGGAGGCAAGCUCCGCGAAUGGUAUUCCUAUGACUGCAGAGGAGCCAAACCGGCUCCAGGAGUUGUACAUGCCCCGCUCAAGGGCAAAGAGGCACCAAGAAAUUGCACUCUGUUCCCAGGAGAUCUUACCAAAGUGUCCCCUUCAUGCAUAGCUGACAAGGAAGUUGGCGGUGGUGGUGGUACCAAGAUACUCCAGUUGUCAGAAUUGACAGAGAUGUUGAAAUCGGCCACGGCAAACACUGCUGACAACAAAAAGCCUGCUUCACCAAAGUCCAAGAAGGAGUGUGCGCAGAUAGCCCGUAAUAAGUUUACUGAGUGCCGCGAAAAAAUCGACGACUUCAACGAGUGCAACAAUCAAGGCGCAAAAACAUUUCAAAACUGCCAGAGUGGGAAGUAA